CCAAUCACAAUGCAAGUCGGUUAGAACUGCUUUGCAUAGUUAGCCACUGUAAGCUUGGACCGGAACCAGUCACCCAGCAGUUCUUCCUGCACCUGUGUGUGAUAAGCUGCCCCUAGGAUGGACCCUAACAUAAAAGAGACAGCUAUGCCAAUGUAAGAAGCCAUUUGGAAUAAGACUUCCGUUUUGAGUAGGGGUCUAACUUUCCAGGACCUCCCUGGGAAUUAACAUUCUACUUGGAAGGAAGAGACGUGUACGUGGGUGACUGGUGUCCUGAUUGGCAAGUUAAGACAUGAAUAUAAGGGUCUUCAUUUCCUUCCAACUCCGGCGAUCCUGAAAGCAAAGCGCGAACCAUCCACGGACCGACGAGAUGAGCGACAGCCCUUGCCUGAGUCCUCCAGCACCAAGCCAGGGUCCUACUACCCCACGCAAAGGGCCCCCCAAGUUCAAGCAGAGGCAGACGCGACAGUUCAAGAGCAAGCCUCCCAAGAAAGGGGUGAAAGGGUUUGGAGAUGACAUCCCAGGCAUGGAGGGGCUAGGAACAGAUAUCACGGUGAUCUGCCCCUGGGAAGCAUUCAGCCACCUGGAACUGCACGAGCUGGCUCAGUUCGGGAUCAUCUGAGGACUCGAGGCUUGGCUGCUCUCGGGAGCAUCUGCUGCUCUUGAGUGCCUUGAUUUUGCCCAGUUGGUCUCUCGGAGUCUUGAAAUCCAGUAUUCAGGAGGAAUUUCCUUGCAUUCCCAUGAGUUUCCGUCGUGUUCUUUCCUUCGACGGUGAAUAAAGCGGCACUUUUGUUGGGGGGGGGGGUCCCUCAGCUUCACACCU